UGUCGCUUGUUGUCGCUUAUGGCGGCGCGCAAGGUUCUUUGGUGUAAGUUUCUAUCGUAAGCCCAUAGAAAAUCGAAAGAUUGGAUCGCGUCGGAUUCUUUCGACAAUCCGCAGCACCAAGAACGUUAGUACGCCGUCGUCGAUGUACCGUUGUCACGCGUGUGCGACGUCACGGCCUAUCACGGUUUCGCUGUGUUGAUUUAACCAAGCGAGUUAGGUUAGGUUGUCAUUCGACGGUUACUCCUUGACUUGGGACGCGGCUGGUGAAAUACACUUGGAAAGUAUGUCGAAUUGGCGGUCGAGCCGCGGCAACGCGGCGGAUCGACGGGACAUGCAUAAGAAUAACCGGGAGAACAGGCGCGAGAACAGGAGCAACGAGGGUCACAGGGAGCAAUCGCAGAGAAGUAGGGACAGGGAUCAUCGAGACGAUCGCUCCAGGCGCGAUUACUCCAGACAGGAGUAUGAUGAGAAGCAGAACGACAGGCGGAAGCACGAAAGAUCGCCGUUGAGGCGGGAUAACAGUCAUCCCAGGGGGCACAGGGAACGCAAUGACAGGAGCAGAAGUAGGGACCGGAGAAACUUCGAUGCUUCUGGCGGCAGAAGACGUGGCGAUCAGCACCAUCAGCAGCAACACAGCAGGCAGAGGCAGCGAAGUCCGGAGGAGACGAGAAUGAAGAGGGAGGUUUCCCCGGAAUGGGGAAAGUCGAAAGAGGAAGUAACCGUGAAACAGGAGAAAGAGAAGCCCAGCUUCGAACUGUCGGGGAAACUGACGGAGGACGCAAACACCGUCAACGGGGUGGUCAUCAAGUACUCCGAGCCGUUGGAUGCCAAGAAACCCAAGCGUCGAUGGAGACUGUAUCCGUUCAAGGGCGAGAAGGCGCUGCCUACAUUGUACAUACACCGGCAGUCGGCAUAUCUUAUGGGCAGAGAUCGCAAGGUGGCUGACAUACCCCUAGAUCAUCCCUCGUGUUCCAAGCAACAUGCUGCUCUGCAGUAUCGUUUAAUUUCCUACCAGAAGGAAGAUGGCUUUGAGGGCAGAAGAAUACGACCGUAUAUUAUUGACUUGGAGUCUGCCAAUGGCACCUUUGUAAAUAAUGUAAAAUUAGAACCAAGGAAGUAUCAUGAAUUAUUGGAAAAGGAUGUGAUACGGUUUGGCUUUAGUACCAGAGAGUAUGUUCUGUUGCACGAACACAGCAAGGACGAUUCCUUCGAUGACGACGUACCUCUUACAAAUACUUAGGAACUUAAUUCCAAUAGGAAAAAAAUAUCUAGAGACGAACAUAUAUGAAGACUGAGGAGAAUGGAGAUCAAGCUGUGAGAAUCAAGAGGAAGUAUCAAGAGGUCUGUCAAGAGGAAAAGUCAAUGUAUAUAUGUGUAGAUACAAAGUCUUAUUAAUAAUUUUUAAUUAAUCUUUUAAACUCUUGAGAGUUUUAAAAAUAUAGUAUAAUGCAUAUAUAUAUAUAAAUAAAAUAGCAACUUUCGAAAAUUUGUGACUUGUCGAAAUAUAUCAGAUCUGAAAUUCACUUGUUUAAAAGAGAAGUAGUAUCUCGUUUUGUAUAUUUUUCUGUGACAUUAGUUUGAUACCUUAAUAGAGUUUGUGAGACAUGUACGUAACUUGUAGGAUAAAAAUCAUUAAAACCCUGAUGUUUAUUAUUU